AUGUGUAAAUUUAUAGAUGUAGAAACAGCUGAUGAUAUAAUUUCUAGUAACAAUGAAGUUGAAUGUCAUCAGUUAAAAAAUUGGAAAAGGUGGCUCAAAAUUAGAAAAAAACAGCAAAAAUAUUUAGGUUUAAAAAUAUGUCGCAGUAUACCAUCUCUAUUAAUGAAUUGUGUAACUGAUGAAUAUAGAUCCAAAGUUGAAAAUAAAUGGUUGAUUAAUACAGCACAAAAAUUAAAAAAACAAAAUUUGUUCAUAAGUGAAGCAGAACCAAUAAAUAAAGAAAUAAAUGAGUACACUAAUGUAUACAUACCAGAUUUGAUACACUUAGAAAAAGGAACACAUUCGAACAGGAAAAAUGUUACUGAACAUUUAAAAUCAUUUUUAGCUCAAAGUGAAAUUAUUGAGGAGUUAAGUUUAUUAAAGUCUUUGAGACCUACAGAAGAUUCUCAGUCUCUAGUUAUUAUUGGAAAAAAAAUUCCAAUAAAAUCACAAGACUAUAACUUAAAUUGUUAUAAAAGUAUUCCAAUAAUUUCUAUUGAUGAAAUAAAAGAUGUCCCCAGUGAAUAUAUUAAAAAUCCACACAUUGAGAUUAAAAUUAAUGAAUAUUUAGUGAAAUAUAUUAAUAAAAAUAGUACAGUAAAAAUAUUUGAAUCUAAGUCCAAAGAAUUUUCGAUAAAAUCUAUUAUGGUAAACGAAGAAAUAAUUGUUGACGAUAUUGUUAUUGAAAACCAUAGUGAAAUUUCGAUAUAUUACCAAUGGAAAAAAGAAGACAAAAAAUGGACCAAAUAUGACAUUUUUUUAACUCAAAAAUUUGAUAGUUUAUAUUUUGAUAAUAGACCUGGUGUUUUAGGCCCUGGACAAACAAAAAAAUUACCGGUCUUAUUCAAGCCGAAAAUCCUAGGACCUUGUAUAGAAAAAUGGAAUUUUCGAGUAGAUAUAUUGGGGAGAAUCGAUCCAUUAGUUCUAAUACAAAUUUCUUUACAGGGAUUUGCCACUUCUGCUACACAUUAUACUAAGCUUGCCAAAAAAGUAUAUUUAUUAUAUUACUUACGGGGAUUUUUAGAGAAAACAAUUAUUUACUCCCAGGGUACGAUAGCUUGUGAAGACAUAACAAAAAAAAUCGUUCAAAAUACUUUCUCCGAAACCAAUUUACAUUUGGUAGAUAGAUGGUACUAUGGUAAUUGCAAAAUUAAUAUGUUAUAUAGCAAAUUACAUGCUGAAAAAAAUCUACAAAUCUCACAAAUUAUGUUUAAAUGCAUGGGUCUUGAUGAAUUAUCUAGAGACAAAUAUUUUGAUUUAAUAAGUUGUUCAGGCAUGAUAUUAUUGAAAAGAGAAAUUAUACCAGGAUAUACCAAAAUGACACACCGUGAACUAAAUGCACAUAAAGCUAUGUACAUGACUUUGAACAUUAUGGAUUUAAUAUUGAACAUUUACGAACAUGACUAUGCGGAGGCAUGUCUUGAAAUAGAAAAUUCUUACUAUGAAUCAAAAGUUAGUUCAUUAUAGUAAUAAAAGGGCUUUAAAAUAGUUUUUGUAAAAAAAAAGUUUCGGAGCUAAUAUAGGGCUACAAUUUCUGA